ACUUGGCGGGAGGGGCGGCCCUGUGAGGGUUGUGCCUCCUGGGGCGGCCCCAGGACGCCAGUCUUGGAGCCAGGGGUCACUAGGGUUGUGGAGAAAACUAUGAACAUACCAGAGGACGUGCUCUCUACGGGGUCCUCACUAGCAUCUCAGGUUCAUGCUGCUGCAGUGAAUGGAGAUAAAAGUGCUCUUCAGAGACUCAUUGUUGGAAACUCUGCUCUUAAAGAUAAAGAAGACCAAUUUGGGAGAACACCACUUAUGUAUUGUGUGUUGGCAGACAGAUUGGACUGUGCAGAUGCUCUUCUAAGAGCAGGAGCAGAUGUCAACAAAACUGACCAUAGCCAGAGAACAGCCCUCCACCUUGCAGCUCAAAAGGGAAAUUAUCGUUUUAUGAAACUCUUACUUACUCGCAGAGCAAACUGGAUGCAGAAGGACCUAGAAGGGAUGACGCCUUUGCACCUGAGCACCCGGCACAGGAGCCCCAAGUGUCUCGCUCUACUGCUGAAGUUUAUGGCCCCUGGGGAAGUAGAUACACAGGACAAAAACAAGCAAACAGCUCUGCACUGGAGUGCCUACUACAACAACCCGGAGCACGCCAAGCUGCUCAUCAAGCAUGACUCCAACAUCGGGAUUCCUGAUGUGGAAGGCAAGAUCCCACUCCACUGGGCAGCCAACCAUAAAGACCCGAGUGCUGUGCACACAGUGCGAUGCAUCCUGGAUGCUGCCCCAACAGAGUCUUUAUUGAACUGGCAAGACUAUGAGGGCCGCACACCUCUGCACUUCGCAGUCGCUGAUGGAAACCUAACGGUGGUGGAUGUCUUGACCUCCUAUGAAAGCUGCAACAUAACUUCUUACGAUAACUUAUUUCGAACCCCACUUCACUGGGCAGCCUUACUAGGCCAUGCGCAGAUUGUUCAUCUACUUCUAGAAAGGAACAAAUCUGGGACGAUCCCUUCGGACAGCCAAGGAGCAACACCCUUGCACUAUGCAGCUCAGAGUAACUUUGCGGAAACAGUUAAAGUGUUCUUAAAACAUCCGUCAGUGAAGGAUGACUCUGACCUGGAAGGAAGAACCUCGUUCAUGUGGGCAGCAGGGAAAGGCAGUGACGAUGUACUCAGGACCAUGCUGAGCCUAAAGUCAGACAUCGACAUUAACAUGGCCGACAAGUACGGGGGCACAGCUUUACACGCCGCUGCCCUUUCUGGCCACGUCAGCACCGUGAAGUUGUUGUUGGACAACGAUGCUCAAGUAGAUGCUACUGACGUCAUGAAACAUACUCCACUGUUCCGAGCCUGCGAGAUGGGACACAGAGAUGUGAUUCAGACGCUUAUUAAAGGCGGAGCACGAGUAGAUCUGGUUGACCAAGAUGGACAUUCACUUCUCCACUGGGCAGCACUGGGGGGAAACGCUGAUGUCUGCCAGAUACUGAUAGAAAAUAAGAUCAACCCAAACGUGCAGGAUUAUGCAGGAAGAACGCCACUUCAGUGUGCUGCGUACGGAGGGUACAUCAACUGUAUGGCCGUGCUCAUGGAGAACAAUGCAGACCCCAACAUCCAAGACAAAGAGGGACGAACAGCUUUGCACUGGUCCUGUAAUAAUGGCUACCUUGAUGCCAUUAAACUUCUGCUAGACUUUGCUGCUUUCCCUAAUCAGAUGGAGAACAAUGAGGAGAGGUACACACCCCUUGAUUAUGCAUUGCUUGGUGAGCGCCAUGAGGUGAUCCAGUUCAUGCUGGAACAUGGUGCCCUGUCCAUCGCAGCUAUACAAGACAUCGCCGCCUUCAAAAUCCAAGCAGUCUACAAAGGAUACAAGGUCAGAAAAGCCUUCCGAGACCGGAAGAACCUCCUCAUGAAGCAUGAACAGCUGAGAAAAGACGCUGCAGCUAAAAAACGGGAGGAGGAAAACAAGAGGAAGGAAGCUGAACAGCAGAAAGGACAACUGGACACAGAUCCUCCCAGAUCCCAAGUCCUCCCUUGUCCACCCAGCCCCCAGAAUGAGCCCAGCAAGCAGAGUGCAGCCCCUAGCAAACAGCUACCCGAUAGACACACAGUCCAGAGCCCUGACCCGGAACACAGCAGGCCUCCAGGCAGGUGUCCAGGCAGAGCCUCUCACAGGGAUUGUUCCUCAGACCUUCAGGGAACUGCCUCCAGAAAGCCAAGUGAAACACCCAGGGAGCACUGCAGAGGCCACUCUGCCUGUGUGCACCCCAGAUCCUGUGAAGGUGACAGCUACAGGCACCAGGGAACAUCCUCUGUGGAGAAGUGCAGAGGUGAGACCAAUGGCAAACACCCGAGGUGUGAGGAGGGGCCAAGCAGAGCCAGGCAGCCCUUGUCCACUGGGUCGGCCCGGCCUGCUGAGAAAGGAGAGGACUCCAGCCCUGCAGCUACAAGUGCUUCCCAGCAGGACCGCCCCAGGAAGCCCAGCAAGAGACAGGACAGGGCACCCAGGCCCAGAGGUGUUUCCCAGAAAAGACGCACCCAUCAGCUCAGAGACAGGUGCUCCCCAGCUGGGUCUAGCCGGCCUGGCAGUGCCAAGGGAGAUGUUACCUGUGCUGACCAGAGUUCUCUCCACCGUCACACACCAAGAAACAAGUUGACCCAGGACAAGCUUAUAGGAGGGGUCUCCUCAGGUUUGCCACUCAGCACAGAAGAGUCGAGGUCAGGACGCAAGAAGCUUUAUGAGGCCAUCUGUGCAUCUCCAGAGAAUGAUGUGGCUCAUGGCCCCCUACCUGGACAGAGUGUGAACAUUCACCUUCUUCCUGUAGAGCAGCGCCUGCUGAUAAUCCAGAGGGAACGAAGCAGGAAAGAGCUGUUCCGAAGAAAAAACAAGGCAGCAGCAGUCAUCCAGCGAGCUUGGCGAAGCUACCGGCUCAGGAAGCACCUGUCUCGGCUUCUGCAUUUGAAACAGCUUGGAGCCAAAGAUGUGCUCAGAUGUACCCACGUGUGCACAUCCCUGCUCCUCCAGGUUUGGAGGGAAGAACUGGAACUCAAGUUCCCAAAGUCCGUCUCAGUAAACAGAGCCUCGAAGAGCCCUUCCAAAGGCAUGUCAGCCACAAAGUCUGCCAGGCACUCAGUGCUCAGGCAGAUCUACGGUUGUUCUCAAGAAGGGAAAGUACAUCAUCCCAUCAAAUCUUCAAAAGUCCCUCCUGUGCUUCAUCUCAAUUCAGUGAGCAGUUUGCAGUCUAUACAUCUUGACAACAGUGGAAGAUCAAAGAAGUUUUCUUACAACCUACAACCAGCCAGUCAACCAAAAAAUAAGCCAAAGCUUUGACCCUGGAGGAAGAUCAGUACCAGUGUGGAAUUCUGGAAUCUGUAAGGCCUUACUCAUGAGAAAGCUUUACUAUCUGCACCUAAAGCCUUAUUACCCAGCAUAUGUGGUCAAAGACAAGGUUCAAAUGGUUUCUCCUGGGUACUUUUUUAUUCCUCUCAGCAUGCCCUGAAAGGACCAGAGCACAGCGCUCGGAUGGACUGCCUCGCUGUGUGCUUCACCUCAGCCAACAGGGCUGGAGAUGAGAACUGCCACACUCAUCAGUAACAACACCUGCACUAAAGGAGCUGCUGGGCUGCGAUUUCUAAUAGCUGACUGGCACAGGCCUAGGUUUUUCACACUAGAGAACCUGCUUAAAUGAGACAAGAAACCUGGGCCGCAGCAGCCACCCUCAACUCUACUUCCCUGGAACAUACUGUGACAAACAUCUCAAGAGACAUUUUAAAUUUUGGAUCACAAUCAUGGCUUAGUGCAUGCAUUUACAAACUGCCCAUUGUACUAAAGUGGAACUGAGACAUACGUACACUCUGUUGCUUCCUUAGUUUUCAGUUUCCAAAUUGGCCCAGAAAAGACUAAAGGUGUAGCUGUGUACUCUCUCUGACUGGGGCUUUCACUGCUGAAUGGCACCAGUGAGACCACAGCACCAAGAAGUCAGCAGGACAGGGUUUAUUAACAGCAGAAUUCGCCAACCAACUCAGGCUUCUCUUCCUCUUUGCAUCUUCUGACCAGCUUGCAGAAAUACGUAGCAUUCCCCAAAUGCAAUUUAUUUUAUGAAAGGAACCCAUAUUCUAGCUAAGAAUACUUGGCUUAAAGUCUAGUGAUUAUGGGCUUUACAAAGGCAAAGAUGACAUCAGGUCACUCCUGUGCCAACACUAAAGGACAGGAAGCAAAUGUUUACUUCAUUUAAUUACCUAGACUUUUAGUUUAGUAAAUUAUAUUCACAAGUAUGAAGACAGGUUUAUGUAGAUGGGAUCACAAAGAUUCACUGGUGAGCUCACUCUAUGUGUUCUAAACAUUUAGCUCUUAAGAAAUUCAAAAUGUUCUGCUGCCUGUCCUUGAACUGUGUGCUAGUCCAGGCAAACAGCGUGAGAUCACUAAGAACUCUUACAGCUUAUUUCCCCACUUCUGUAUGAAGGAAGCUCAUGAACAACUAACUGCUUUAAAAUGUUGAGGUUUAAUGGCAAACAUCCGUUACAUCAGUCUUUCUUCAAAAUAAAAGAAUGUGCAUGAACAGUUCAUUUCAAACAGGAGGUACCAUGGUGCUUCUUUAAUACAAUGCAUUCAAUAUACUUGGACCUUGGGGAUGGCCACUGAUGUACACGCUGAAGCAGUAAUGCAAGUCUGUAAGCCACUGCUCCUGAACACUGCCACCCUUCAAAGUCUGCAGAGAAAAACAAAAGGCGCUUUAGUUUGAGAACCUGACAUUUUUCAUGGCCUCUAGAAAAGUAUCUUCCCCAACUACCAGCUGGAGAACACACACAGGCUGGACCUAGGCCUCCCUGAACAUAUGUAACAGAUGUGCAGCUUGGUCCUGAAGAACUGGAACAGGGGCUGUCUCAAAAACUGUUGUCUAUACUUAAGAUACGUUCUUCUACCUGGGCUGCCUUGUCUGGCCUCAGCGGGAGUGGAAGAGCCUAACCUCGAAGAAGCUUGAAGUGCCAGGGUAGGAGGAUAGAUACCCAGGGGGCCCUCAGAGAAGGGGAAGGGAGAGGAAUUGUGGCAGGGGGUGACAGGGAGAUGGGGCAGUAAGCAGGAAGUAAAAAGUGAGUAAGUAAAGAAAUAAAAAUUUAAAAAAAAAAAUCCUCUCCUUCUAUAAACUAGAAGAAAUCUUAAAAUACAAACCAAACCAACUGUUGGGAGUUACUAUAGCUAGUGAAAAUUCCUACUCUUUAAUUUUGAAAUUAUGAAAUGGGCCCUUAAGAGCGUAAGUAUUUGAAUAAUUAGUCCCCAGUGAGUGUUACUGUUUUGGAAGGUUCUUUGGACACAGCCUACUUCUGGCCUAGGCUCUCUACUUCCUGAACUACUGAGAUGUAAAGCCACCCAGCAAACACCCACUGCUACAGAUAUAUCCCAGCCACAGUGCUUACUCCAUGAUAAGAGUGCACUCUCAAACUGUCAAAUACAUUAAGUCCUUUUGUUUAAGUUGGAACUGUUAUCUGAUCAAUGUGACAAGGGAAACAGUAUGUGCCCUUAAGAGUAACAAGUUCUUUGCAGAAUUGUUUCCUCCUGGACAUGCUGGAGACUAAUAAAAAUAUUUAUGGACAUCCA